AUGAAACUUUCUGCUGCUUUUUUCGCCUUGGCUAGUGCAGAUAUCUGCGGUGACUGCGAUGCCCACAUCGCCGAUUUCAACGCCUGGCACGGUCAGUCCAAUAUCGUCUGCUCUCGAUACCAACACCCACGGGAUCUGUUCGUCGACGCGCGUGCUGCAUGCAAAGAGUGCAAGGUCCAGUGCGUUCCCAACGAGGAGACCUGCCCGGGCACUGACGAUCUCGCAGCCGGAUUCUGGAACAAGACCGCGCUCAAACUCCAGGAGCAGUACAUCAAGCGAGCCGAAAGCAAGGCCGCUGCUCAAGUUGCUGCCAGGCUCGCACUCCGCAGCUCCAACAAGCUGCAAAAAGAACAGGACAAGUACAACAAGAUGAAACAGAAAAUGGAAGAAAAACAGGCCAAAGCUGAGAACAAGGCGGCGAAGAAGGAGGACUACGCCAAGUGGCGAGAAGAAAAACGAGCUGAGAACGAGGCUCGCCGAGCCGCGGCCAAGCAAGCUAAGAAGGAAGCCAAGGCUGCUGCCAAAGCUGCCAAGGAGGAGGCUAAGCGAAAACGAUUGGAGAAACGCGCUCUCGCCGAGAAGAACAAGGUUCUCUUCGCCUUCUACGCUGAUCUUGAAGAGCACUACGAUCCCCUCUGUCCCGAUAUGUUCCUCAUUCAGGACAACGAAGUUGAAGCUAGAAAGUACGCCAAUUGGAAACGCGCCCAAACCUUCCAGUAA